CUCCGCACAAUUGAAUCGGGGUGAAAUUUCGCAACUCGGCAAGCCCUCCCGCAAUCACGAUCUGGUGACCGAUUUGACCGAUUCUCCCUCGGGUUAAGCAAGUUAUCAGUUGCGAAAAUGGAUUCCUCGAAGGCUCCUGUCAAGCUCGUCAAGGUCACCCGAGUCCUCGGCAGAACCGGUUCUCGUGGUGGUGUCACCCAGGUGCGCGUUGAGUUCAUGGACGACACCACUCGCUCCAUUAUCAGGAACGUUAAGGGUCCCGUCCGCGAGGACGACAUCCUUGUUCUCCUAGAAUCCGAGCGCGAGGCCCGCCGCCUGAGAUAAAGUACCGGUGCUUUGGGGGUUGUGGGUUGAUGGAGGGAAAGUGGCAACGGUUUUCAGCUACCGUCUCUGCAUGCUGGGUCAGACGGUCGUCCUGGGCCGCAGCGAAGGAGGUGUGGGACGGUCACAUAUGGGCGUUCG